AUGGGCUUAGUCAUAUAUUUAGGGUUUUUGAUCACUUAUGCAAUAAAAUUGCCAAUCUUCCCUUUACAUACCUGGUUACCAGAUACUCAUGGGGAAGCACAUUAUAGUACAUGUAUGCUUUUGGCCGGAGUUCUAUUGAAAAUGGGGGGAUAUGGGUUGAUUCGGAUCAAUAUGGAAUUGCUACCUCAUGCUCAUUCUUUGUUUUCACCAUGGUUGAUAAUAGUAGGAGCAGUGCAAAUUAUCUAUGCAGCUCUAACUUCUAUGGGUCAACGCAAUUUGAAAAGAAGGAUAGCCUAUUCAUCAAUAUCUCAUAUGGGUUUUGUAAUUAUAGGAAUUGGUUCCAUGACAUAUAUAGGUCUCAACGGAGCCAUUUUGCAAAUGAUUUCUCAUGGAUUAAUUGGUGCUGCACUUUUUUUCUUGGUAGGAACAAGUUAUGAUAGGAUACGUACUCUUUUCCUUGAUGAAAUGGGAGGAAUCGCUAUACCAAUUCCUAAAAUCUUUACUAUGUUCAGUAGCUUUUCAAUGGCUUCUCUUGCAUUGCCAGGAAUGAGUGGUUUUGUAGCAGAAUUUAUGAUAUUUUUGGGUGUAAUUACUAAUUAUAAAUAUUCUUCGACCUUUCGGAUCAUUAUUACUGCAAUAGCGGCAAUUGGAAUGAUAUUAACUCCCAUUUAUUUGUUAUCUAUGUUACGUCGAAUGUUCUAUGGAUAUAAGGUUUUGAAUGUCCCGAAUCCUUAUUUUAAGGAUUCGGGACCACGCGAACUUUUUAUUUUGAUCUGUCUCUUUCUACCAAUCAUAGGUAUUGGUCUUUACCCCGAUCUAGUUCUAUUUUUAUAUAAUGCUAAGGUAGAAGCUAUUUUCUCUCAAUCUUUCUAUUAAGAAAUAAUCAUU